ACUCAUCUCCUACAAAGCUAUCGGAGUUAGCUUAGCAUGCUAGCUGUAAACAGACAGUCAGAGUGACUGACGGAGAGCAAACCGCGUUUUUAACUGAGUUCUUGUGGAGAAAACGUUUCUGUCAGUGUGUGGAGAUGUCCAAAGGUGAAAUGCUGAGAGUCUUGGUGAAGCAGCGAAUAACUGCGGCUGCUGAAGAGAUAUUCGGGCUGUUUGAAAGAACGAUAACAGAGUACGAGGAGGAACUGAGUCGGUCAAAAGAGGAGAACAAGCGACAACAGAAACUACUGGACGCUGUUUACAACCCUCAGCUUCGGCUACACAGAGCAGAUGUCCAGCAGCUGUUGGUACAUAAAGAAGAAAUUCCCUCAGAGCAGCAGGACUGGAGCUCCAAUCUGGACCAGAAGGACCCAGAGCCCCCACAAAUUAAAGAGGAACAACAAAAGGAUCUCUGGAUCAAACAGGAGGGAGAGCAGCUUGCAGAGCUGGAGGAGGCUGAUUUCACCAAGUUCUCCUUCACUCCUGUCCCUGCCCCUGAGCCCUCACAGCUUCAUCAAAUUGAACAGAUGAAAACAGAAGCUGAUGGAGAGGACUGUGGAGGACCAGAACCAGCCAGGAACUUGGAUCCAGAUUCACAUUUACAACCAGAUGCUGAAGACAGGUCUAGAGACUCUUCUGAACCUGAGACUGAUGACAGCGGUGAUUGGAUAGAGAGCAGAGAUUCCCAGUCAGGUUUAAAAUCUUUGAAAACUCUGACGACACACAUAAGAUGUCAUACUGGAGAGAAACCUUACAGCUGCUCAGUGUGUAGUAAAAGUUUCACUGUAAGCGGAAACCUGGUGAGACACAUGAGAAUCCACACAGGAGAGAAACCUUACAGCUGCUCAGUGUGUAGUAAAGGUUUCACUGUACGUGGAAACCGGGAGAUACACAUGAGAAUCCACACAGGAGAGAAACCUUUCAGCUGCUCAGUGUGUAGUAAAGGUUUCACUGUACGUGGAAACCGGGAGAUACACAUGAGAAUCCACACAGGAGAGAAACCUUUCAGCUGCUCAGUGUGUAGUAAAAGUUUCACUGUAAGCGUAGCCCUGGUGAGACACAUGAGAAUCCACACAGGAGAGAAACCUUACAGCUGCUCAGUGUGUAGUAAAGGUUUCACUGAAAGAGGAAACCUGGAGAAACACAUGAGAAUCCACACAGGAGAGAAACCCUUCAGCUGCUCAGUGUCAUACAGUUUAAUUUGUGUUUCAAUGUCUCCUGCAGAUGUCCAGCAGCUGUUGGUACAUAAAGAAGAAAUUCCCUCUGAGCAGCAGGACUGGAGCUCCAGUCUGGACCAGAAGGACCCAGAGCCCCCACAAAUUAAAGAGGAACAACAAAAGGAUCUCUGGAUCAAACAGGAGGGAGAGCAGCUUGCAGAGCUGGAGGAGGCUGAUUUCACCAAGUUCUCCUUCACUCCUGUCCCUGCCCCUGAGCCCUCACAGCUUCAUCAAAUUGAACAGAUGAAAACAGAAGCUGAUGGAGAGGACUGUGGAGGACCAGAACAAGCCGGGAACUUGGAUCCAAAUUCACAUUUACAACCAGAUGCUGAAGACAGGUCUGGAGACUCUUCUGAACCUGAGACUGAUGACAGCGGUGAUUGGAUAGAGAGCAGAGAUUCCCAGUCAGGUUUAAAAUCUUUGAAAACUAAGACACAGCUGACGACACACAUAAGAUGUCAUACUGGAGAGAAACCUUACAGCUGCUCAGUGUGUAGUAAAAGUUUCACUGUAAGCGGAAACCUGGUGAGACACAUGAGAAUCCACACAGGAGAGAAACCUUACAGCUGCUCAGUGUGUAGUAAAGGUUUCACUGUACGUGGAAACCGGGAGAUACACAUGAGAAUCCACACAGGAGAGAAACCUUUCAGCUGCUCAGUGUGUAGUAAAGGUUUCACUGUACGUGGAAACCGGGAGAUACACAUGAGAAUCCACACAGGAGAGAAACCUUUCAGCUGCUCAGUGUGUAGUAAAGGUUUCACUGGAAGAGGAGCCCUGGUGAGACACAUGAGAAUCCACACAGGAGAGAAACCUUACAGCUGCUCAGUGUGUAGUAAAGGUUUCACUGAAAGAGGAAACCUGGAGAAACACAUGAGAAUCCACACAGGAGAGAAACCUUACAGCUGCUCAGUGUGUGGUAAAGGUUUCACUGAAAGAGGAAACCGGGAGAUACACAUGAGAAUCCACACAGGAGAGAAACCCUUCAGCUGCUCAGUGUGUGGUAAAAGUUUUGUGCACAAAUGGAGUCAUAAGAUUCACAUGAAGACUCAUACAGGACAGAAACCCUUCAGUUGUGUGGCGGUAAUGCGACUGUACGUUGGUUUGCUAAACGCCAAAAAACUCAAGAAGAAGAUGUUCCUCUUCAGCAGUCUGUGUGUGGAGAUGUCCAAAGGUGAAAUGCUGAGAGUCUUGGUGAAGCAGCGAAUAACUGCGGCUGCUGAAGAGAUAUUCGGGCUGUUUGAAAGAACGAUAACAGAGUACGAGGAGGAACUGAGUCGGUCAAAAGAGGAGAACAAGCGACAACAGAAACUACUGGACGCUGUUUACAACCCUCAGCUUCGGCUACACAGAGCAGAUGUCCAGCAGCUGUUGGUACAUAAAGAAGAAAUUCCCUCAGAGCAGCAGGACUGGAGCUCCAGUCUGGACCAGAAGGACCCAGAGCCCCCACAAAUUAAAGAGGAACAACAAAAGGAUCUCUGGAUCAAACAGGAGGGAGAGCAGCUUGCAGAGCUGGAGGAGGCUGAUUUCACCAAGUUCUCCUUCACUCCUACAGUCAGAGUGACUGACGGAGAGCAAACCGCGUUUUUAACGGAGUUCUUGUGGAGAAAACGUUUCUGUCAGUGUGUGGAGAUGUCCAAAGGUGAAAUGCUGAGAGUCUUGGUGAAGCAGCGAAUAACUGCGGCUGCUGAAGAGAUAUUCGGGCUGUUUGAAAGAACGAUAACAGAGUACGAGGAGGAACUGAGUCGGUCAAAAGAGGAGAACAAGCGACAACAGAAACUACUGGACGCUGUUUACAACCCUCAGCUUCGGCUACACAGAGCAGAUGUCCAGCAGCUGUUGGUACAUAAAGAAGAAAUUCCCUCUGAGCAGCAGGACUGGAGCUCCAGUCUGGACCAGAAGGACCCAGAGCCCCCACAAAUUAAAGAGGAACAACAAAAGGAUCUCUGGAUCAAACAGGAGGGAGAGCAGCUUGCAGAGCUGGAGGAGGCUGAUUUCACCGAGUUCUCAUUCACUCCUGUCCCUGCCCCUGAGCCCUCACAGCUUCAUCAAAUUGAACAGAUGAAAACACAAGCUGAUGGAGAGGACUGUGGAGGACCAGAACCAGCCGGGAACUUGGAUCCAAAUUCACAUUUACAACCAGAUGCUGAAGACAGGUCUGGAGACUCUUCUGAACCUGAGACUGAUGACAGCGGUGAUUGGAUAGAGAGCAGAGAUUCCCAGUCAGGUUUAAAAUCUUUGAAAACUGUUGACAUUCCUAAUAGAACUGGUGAGAAAGCAUUCAGCUGCUCAAUGUGUGAGAAAAGAUUUGCCAAGAAGACAUAUCUGACGAGACACAUAAGAUGUCAUACUGGAGAGAAACCUUACAGCUGCUCCAUUUGUGAUAAAAGAUUUGUGCGAAAAUCACAGCUGAACCAUCACAUGAUGACUCACACAAAAGAGAAACCUUACAGCUGCUCAGUGUGUAGUAAAGGUUUCACUGGAAGCGGAGACCUGGUGAGACACAUGAGAAUCCACACAGGAGAGAAACCUUACAGCUGCUCACUGUGUAGUAAAGGUUUCACUGGAAGCGGAGACCUGGUGAGACACAUGAGAAUCCACACAGGAGAGAAACCUUUCAGCUGCUCAGUGUGUAGUAAAGGUUUCAAUGGAAGAAGAGACCUGGAGAAACACAUGAGAAUCCACACAGGAGAGAAACCUUUCUGCUGCUCAGUGUGUGGUAAAGUUUUCACCGAAAGAGGAAACCUGGAGAGACACAUGAGAAUCCACACAGGAGAGAAACCUUUCAGCUGCUCAGUGUGUAGUAAAGGUUUCACUGAAAGAGGAAACCUGGAGAGACACAUGAGAAUCCACACAGGAGAGAAACCUUUCAGCUGCUCAGUGUGUAGUAAAGGUUUCACUGAAAGAGGAAACCUGGAGAAACACAUGAGAAUACACACAGGAGAGAAACCCUUCAGCUGCUCAGUGUGUGGUAAAAGUUUUGCGCACAAAUGGAGUCAUAAGAUUCACAUGAAGACUCAUACAGGAUAGAAACCCUUCAGUUGUUCAUUGAACACAUGAAAACACAUGAAAAAUCACACAGAGGAAAUCUACCCAGGUUGGGCGUUCGUUACAAAAG